UACACCCAUAAGUCACAUAUGACAAACAAUCAAUAAACAAUUACCACGCGCGAAUCGAUUAAUUCUAAUUAUCUACGCCUGUGUCACGCCAUUAAAUGAUAAUUUUCAAUUACAAUCAGAUGUGGGUGCAUGUAAAAAUAGGCGGCAUUGUUGCUUCCGAAAUAAUCGCAUUCAACAUUCCACAUUCGUAUUCGCUUUGAGGAUGUACGCGCAUACAGUCGUGCUGCUGAUAGGGUGGGUGGCGGCGUACGUCGCCGGCGGGGAAUGGGACGACCGCGGUAAGAAAAUCUGGGAGCAGAAGUACCCGGAGGAGUUCGAUGACGCCUCCGAGGGGGAUAUUGUUAAGAGUGUAGGCGGCGCAACUGGCAGGAAGAAUGGUUUGCGUGCGGAAGUCAUGCGGUGGCCGGAUGGGGUUGUGAAGUAUCAUAUGGAGGGGCCGUAUACGUUGGAGCAGUGUAAGAUUAUUGAGAGUGCGUUUGAUCAGUAUGAGGAGAAGACUUGUAUUAGAUUUCAAGUGAAAAACCCCAAAGAUAACGAUUAUGUGAGUAUUAAAAACAAUGUAGGCUGUCACGCCGAAUUGGGCCGCAUUGGAGGCGAGCAAACAUUAAACAUCGGAGAAGGCCCCUGCAUAAAGCGUGGGACGGUAAUGCACGAGCUGAUGCAUGUGCUCGGAUUCAUGCACGAGCAGAAACGAUAUGAUCGUGACUCGUUCAUACGAAUCAUGUAUGAAAACCUUAAAGAAGGCAAACAAGACAAUUUUGAGAGACAACCCGCUGACGUGAUCACAACAUUCGGUGUGCAAUACGAUUACGACUCUAUCACUCACUACAGCCCGCUGGCUUUCAGCAAAAACGGCGAACCCACUGUGAUGCUAACCCGCAAAAACACCACUGUCAGCAUGGGUCAACGCGACCAUCUCUCCCUAGGCGAUAUCGAGAAAAUAAAUCGCAUGUACAACUGCACCAGGCAACUAAUUGUCAACAAACCGAUUUACCCACGAUUUUGUUGAAAUGUACAUGAUGCUUAUUUGUUUAUAAAUAUUAAAAAUACAAAAUAACCUUAAAAAUCA